CUUGUGUUUUCAAAAGCAAUUUUUUUGAGUGCGAUUACUAUUUAUCACUUUUCGCUUUGCGAAUAUUUUUUUAAGUGAUUCUCUAUCAAUAAUUGCAUAAAAAUUUAAGCGCAAAUUUCCAUUCUUACAAAAUUGCCAUGAGACUAAAAAUUCAGUUUCUAUUUAAUACUUGAGCCUUUCGUUUUUAUCUCACUGCUGUAAAACAAUUUUGCGGUUUCUCACAUUCAUUUUUAAGCAAAUGGUUUAAGUAAAAAGAUAAAAAUUUCGUUAAACAUUUUUUCAAUAUUUUACAUGGACCGCUACGUGCAAGAAGAAGGGGAUUCAAACGAGGAGGCUGUUUUAAUAGAAGAUUCAGAGGAUGAAGAGUCGGAUCAGUCAAAUGCCGGAUCGGAUGGUGAUACAGCAGAUGUACAAAAUGAUGCAGUUCCUAUGGAUUCUAGUGCUUUGGAUCCUGCAUCGCCUAUGCUAGAUGACCAGUCAGAUGAUGAAGACUCAUCACAUAGAGCUGUUGGAGGAAAUCUGCAUAGAUCAACCCCUAAGAAGGAGAAUGUUGAAACUAAGGCAAACCCAUUUGCAAACCUGUCGAUUGAUGAUGAUGGACAAACAUGUACUAUCUGUUUUGACCAAUGGACUAAUUCCAGUGAGCAUCGCUUGGUGUCAUUAAGAUGUGGUCAUUUGUUUGGCCGUAGCUGUAUAACCAAAUGGCUGAAGGGACAAAAUGCACGCUGUCCGCAGUGUAAUGCCAGAGCAAGGAAAUCUGAGAUUAGAAAUAUUUAUGCCAAAGCUGUUAAGGUCAUUGACUCGUCUGAACGAGACAAAGCUCUUCUAGAGCUAAAGAAAGAACAAGAACUUAGAAAAAAAGCAGAAAUGGUUGCAAAUCAGGAAAGAUUAAAGUAUAUGAUGUCAGUGCAAGAGUGUGAGAGAUUAAAAAAAGAAUUAAUGGAAGUUAAUAAAUUGCUGCAAGAAUAUAGAUGCGGCAUGAAGAUAGAUGUCUCUCAAUGUGCUGCAAAACCUAGAGUUUCAGUAUAUACCUUGGAAAAAUGUAUGGAAAUUGCUAAACAUGGUGGUUGUCGAAUCAUUGAUGUAUGUGAAUUACUUGGAAUGGUUUUAAUUUCGCAGCCAUCUAUCAAUGAGUUAUUCCCUGGUCAUGGCUUUCGGAAAAUCUCCACUUUGGAUAUGAAGCCAUCAGAAUUUGUGUUAGUUCAUCAAAAGCCUAUCAGGGAUAUGUCAUUUCAUUGUCAUGAUGGUUUAGUUUUAACAGCAUCUUUAGAUAAAUCUUUGAAAAUUACAAAUGUUUUGACAAAUUCUGUUGUUCAUACUUAUCCUCUUGACUCUGAUGUUUGGAGUUGUGCAUGGGAUUUAGAUGAACCUACAUAUUUUUAUGCUGGGACAAAAAAUGGGGAUGUGUACCUUUUUGAUAUCCGUAUGACUAAUAGAUAUGUUCAUGAGUUACCUAGAUAUGGAAAUAGAACACCUGUUGUGGCACUACAAUAUGUUAAAAAAGCUGCAAGUACGAAUUACAGCAAAUGUGGGCCUCUUAUUGGAACAUUAUCUGAAUGCGCAUUUUUCCAAAGAUCAGAUAAUAGGGAUGCUGAUUAUAAAAUUAUUCCUCUUCCUACUGUAGGACCAUAUACUUCUCUUAGUUCUGAACCUGUAUCUGGACACUUUUUGGUAUCCAGUCGUCCUUCACCAAAGCUGGCCCGUGUGACACAUGCUGUGUGUGAAUUUGCUCUUGACCAGUCUAGUGAGAAUGUGGUUUGCAAUCCUAUUCAAAUGAUUCAAGGAGGUCGAAGUCAGCUGCAGCUAACACGAUCAAAGCUUCUUCGUCACCCAGAUAAUCCCAGCUCUUUGCUUGUCUGUGCAGGGGAUGAAGAUUCACAUGGUGCUCUUGUUUGGGAUGGAAGUUCUGGAAAAUGCUUGGAUACUCUUCGAACAGAAUAUCCAGUCCUAGAUUUUGGAGAUGUCAAAACAAAUAAUAAAACUUUAUUGUUGGCUUUGACUGACAAAAAUUUGCGAUAUUUCAGUUGGAACAGUCAGUGACAACCGAGCUCUCCCCCUUUGUGCUUCGUUGUAGAAUUUUUUUCAAAAAAAAUUAGCAUUUAUUGCUCAAUAUUUAUGUUAUUUGUCUUGCUACUUUCAUACUUUUCUAUGCAUUACCAUAGUGCUUUUGUAUAUUUUUCUGAUUGGUACAUAUUAGUUUGUGUAUAUAUGUAAAUAGCCCAUCAAAAGGGAAUAAAUGUGAUUAUUCUUUUAAA